GCCGACCUGUUAGUUCCCCGACGUCCAGCUCUCCACUCUCCUCACACGCCAUGCUGACGCGAAGCGCGGCCGCCGGCCUGGUGCUGGUGCUGGCCGUGACGGCCCCCUCCGUGCAGGCCGCCAACAAAAUCCCCGAGUCGUGGGGGACGUGCAAGAGGUCCGACCCCAAGCUGGACGAGUGCCUGAAAGGCGCCAUGCAGCGCGCCAUGAAGGAGCUUGAAAAAGGAAAUGCCGAGUUCGGCCUCCUGCCCCUGGACCCGUUCAAGGUGCAGCAGCUGCGUCUGGACAAGGGAGGCGGCGGCGCCCUGUCCAUGGACAUGACCCUGUCCGACGCCGAGCUGGUGGGCUUCAAGAACGCCAAGGUGGAGAGCUUCAAGGCUGACAUGAACAAGUACAAAUUCGUGGCGACCAUGAGGACACCCAACCUGGACCUCAACAGCUUGUACAAGGUGGUCGGCAGGGUGCUCCUGAUCCCCAUCAACGGAAACGGAAAGACCACCAUCAAAAUGCAGAAAACGCUGAUCCGACUCACGAUGCAAGGCAACCUGAAGAAGGCCAAGUCCGGCAAGGAGCACCUCCACAUCGACAACGUCAACUUCGAGCUCAUCCCCGAGAAGUCGACCUUCAAGUUCGUCAACCCGGCCCACGCCACGCAGGCCGAUCUGCUCAGCAGAGUAGUCUCCGAGAACGACGGCGUGAUCAUGGAGGACCUGCGGCCCGCCAUCUCCGAGGCCUUCUCCCAGGCCCUGUUGCAGAUCGCCAACAGGAUAUUCAGCAAGGUCCCCUUCGAAGACGCCUUCCCCCAGUAAACCCCGGCAGCCGACCAGUAUUUUUAUUUAAUUGUUAAGUCAUGAUUUAUUUUUUUACGGAGAGGACAGAGCGAAGAUCUCAUUCGUUCUUAAAUUUGAGGUGUGUUCUAGGCUGUUGUGUUUUUUUUGUGACCUGACUGUUAGUUUUAAUGCCAAUAAAACUUGUUCCUUUUCUAAAAGCUG